GACUUUGGAGUAAACUGAACCCGCGGGUACUAUUGGGCAAAGUUUCCCGGGGAUCUUUGCGUCCAGACUUAGUCGCCUUUUCUCUGAUGUCUGCUCUAAGGCUUGCAGUUUGCAACUCUUUUAUUUGGCGCAGUGGAAACACUGAGCGUUCUCACCCAAAUUGAGCGGAUUAACCCUUGGGUCUUUAUCCUUAACCCCCUUACCAGUUGCCGUCCCUGGCCUUUAGGCUUUCACUUUUCUCUUUAAUACUCUUGAGCUGGAAAGUACAUGUCACAGUGCCUAGGGAGUUUGGAAGGUUGAGGGAGCGUUGAGCUUUUUGAAAUCCCUUACGAAGGUGAUUUUGAACAAAGCAACAUGCUUCUGAUUCAGAUGCUCCACUGAGCUAUAAAAAUACAUUAAUCAGAACUGUGUGGCAUCUUCCUAAGCAAGACUUUCAAUGGGGCCCACUAUGGUUCACUUCAUCCAGAAGUUUUCUCGAGCAUCUUCAAAGAUGCUGAAGUACCCUUCCACAAUCAGACUAGGAGCCAGGAGAAUAGAAACAUUUUCUGUCAAAACAUGCCUCCAACAGAACUUUUCUCCUUUGUUUCCAAGGCCUUGGCUUGUCUCAUCAUUUCCAGUGUGUAUGAGCAAGACACAAUAUUAUCACACUUCCCCAUGCAGCUUUAAGAAGAAGCAAGAGCAAGCAGUGCUUCCAGGCAGGCCACCACAAACCAUCAGUUACCUGCCUGACAGCCCAAAGCCAGCAUUAUACAUAACUCUAGCAGGACUAAUCCCCUUCAUUGCUCCACCACUGGUCAUGGUGAUGACAAAGACUUAUAUUCCCAUAUUAGCUUUUACUCAGAUGGCUUAUGGAGCCAGUUUCCUAUCUUUCUUGGGAGGGAUCAGAUGGGGUUUUACUCUGCCACAAGGUAGUCCAGCCAAACCAGACUUCCUCAAUUUAGCUAAUAGUACAGCUCCUGUUGUGUUUUCAUGGCUUGCAUUCUUUGUUUCUGAAAGACUCAGUGAAGCUAUAAUCACAGUAAUAAUAGGUUUGGGGAUAGCAUUACACACUGAACUUUUUCUCUUGCCACAUUAUCCCAAUUGGUUCAAAGCCCUGAGGAUAGUAGUCACGUUAGUGGCCUUUUUUUCAUUUGUAAUCACUUUACUAGUUAAAGAUUUUUAUCCAGAGAAGGGACCCAAGAGACUUAGGCAAGUAGAAUAAAUAUAAAACUACUCUGUAGAUGACGUUAGCAUGUUGGCUAGAAGCCUUGUAAGGUUGUGUUUCGGCAUCACCUUUUUCUACCCCUCCGGUUUAGCUCUUUUUUCCCACCAGUGGUGAUUUAUUCUUCCCAAAUUAUUUUUCAUUUCUAGAAAUCUUUAUUUUAUAAAGAAUCACUGAGAAACAGCUUGAAAACCCUUAACAAAUCCUUUUCAUGUUAUAUUAGGUUAUAGUUCUCAUUCAGUCUUUUUAUGAACUUUAUAGUCAUCCACUUAAAAAUUUCAAUGUUUUAAUUGUUUUGAAAAAUGUAAAUUAAAAGAUGAAAA